AGCCUCAUCCACAUUCUAAAAUUCCCACACAUACACAAUCCACCAUACAAGCAAAAGAUAAGAUUUUUAUCAAGAAACAAAAACUCUUUACGCAUCCCCAACCUCCAUUGUUGAAUUCUGGAAGAAAACCCUAAUCGGACAUUAUGUCUUGCUCGAAUCUAACAAUGUGGGUAUCUUCAAAACCCUCAUCACUCGAUUCAUCUGCCCUCUCCUUCAGAUCGUUCAUCAGCCCAGUUCAAAUCCCAAAUUCCAAUCCAUCAAUUUCGAAUUCCAGACCUUCUUCUUCCUCGAUCAAUUGCAGUCUGAAGGAGCUUCGUGGUCGUAUAGAAUCAGUGAAGAACACCCAGAAAAUCACUGAAGCAAUGAAGCUUGUUGCAGCUGCGAAAGUGAGAAGAGCUCAAGAAGCUGUCGUGAAUGCGAGACCAUUUUCAGAAACUUUAGUUGAAGUUCUUUACAGCAUCAACGAACAGCUCCAAGUAGAAGACGUUGAUGUCCCACUUACCAGUGUCCGACCGGUGAAGAAGGUGGCGCUUGUGGUGGUCACCGGAGACCGUGGUCUCUGCGGUGGUUUCAACAACAUGAUCCUUAAAAAAGCAGAAGCAAGAAUUCGUGAACUCAAAACUCUUGGACUUGAAUACGUAGUCAUCAGUGUUGGCAAAAAAGGUAACUCUUAUUUUUCCCGGCGACCAUACAUUCCGGUGGACAAGUUUCUUGACGGAAGCAACCUCCCCACUGCAAAAGAAGCCCAGGCGAUUGCAGAUGAUGUUUUCUCACUUUUUGUAAGUGAAGAAGUCGAUAAAGUCGAACUGUUGUACACAAAAUUCGUCUCUUUGGUCAAAUCCGACCCUGUGAUUCAUACAUUACUUCCAUUAUCGCCCAAAGGUGAGAUCUGUGACAUCAAUGGAGUCUGUGUUGACGCAGCUGAAGACGAGUUUUUCCGGUUGACCACAAAAGAAGGAAAGUUGACCGUUGAACGAGACGUCGUGAGGGCUGAAACCAUUGAUUUCUCACCGAUCUUGCAAUUCGAACAGGACCCAGUUCAGAUUCUUGAUGCUUUGCUACCAUUGUAUCUAAACAGUCAGAUCUUGAGGGCUUUACAGGAGUCUUUAGCGAGUGAGCUUGCUGCUAGAAUGACUGCUAUGGGGAACGCGACUGAUAAUGCUGUGGAGUUGAAGAAGAACUUGUCGCAGGUUUACAAUCGGCGACGUCAGGCCAAGAUCACCGGAGAGAUUUUGGAGAUUGUUGCUGGUGCUGAUGCGUUGGUUUGAUUGGGUUUUGGAAUCGGUAUACUUCUUGAUCUUAUAAUGUUUAUCUGUCUUUUUCGGAAUUAAUUGCGAUAUGUAAUCAUGAUACUCCCACUAAGCAAAUGAAAUUUGUGUAUUUGAAUAUAUAUAUAUAUAUAUAUGUAUAUGAAGAAGUUUAUCA